UCUAGAAUUAGCCGCUUCAUGGCUGUGUCGCUGCAGUCGGUAAAUGAACGUUUGAUGUGGUGUUUGACAAGAUUGUGCUUUAGUGUGUUUACAGUGAAUUAUUCAACAAUACUAUAAUCCUAAUUGAGGUUAAAGCUUUGAAGGAGUAGAUGAAGGUGACGGUAUGUCUCGCAACAAAGACAAGCAUGAGGGCGCUAGCGGGCGCACUUAUCAUAUCAUGUCGGAGGCGGAACGAGCGUCAGGCCGGCGCGGCGGUUGGACCUCGCUUGAGGUAACAGGAGGUGUCCGCGCCCUGGCGCCCCAGCUAUUCCAACUAUCGCACCUGACCGCGCUGUACCUGAACGACAACUCGUUGCAGCGGAUCCCGCCCGACAUCAACACUCUCGUCAACCUGCACACAUUGGACGUGUCCAACAACAAGCUGCGGACGCUGCCCGCGGAGCUCGGCGACCUCAUACAGCUAAGGGAGUUACUCCUACACAACAACUACCUCAGAGUGUUGCCGUACGAACUGGGCAAGCUCUUUCACCUCCAGAAAUUAGGAUUGCACGGUAACCCGCUUAGCAAGGAGAUGCUAUCGAUAUACAACGACAACAACGGCACCUCCAAGCUGCUCACGUAUAUGCUGGAUAAUUUACAAGCCUACACGAAUGAAUCAGUAACUGCCACCUUGCCGCCACAGAGGCCUUGGAUUCCCUUAACGCGACCAAACAGAUCUCGUCCUACCUGUAUUUUUACGGUGAUGUGCUACAACGUCCUCUGCGACAAAUAUGCCACGAGACAGAUGUACGGCUACUGCCCCAGUUGGGCGUUAGAAUGGGAUUACCGGAAGAAAGGAAUUCUGGACGAAAUUAGACAUUAUUCCGCAGACCUAAUUAGUUUACAGGAAGUAGAAACCGACCAAUUUUACAAUUUCUUCUUACCAGAGCUUAAAAGCGACGGUUACGAUGGCAUUUUCUCACCAAAAUCGCGAGCGAAGACCAUGGGCGAGUCGGAAAGAAAAUACGUCGAUGGUUGUGCCAUCUUCUUCAGAUCUGCAAAAUUCGCGUUAGUAAAAGAGCACCUCAUCGAAUUCAACCAGCUCGCGAUGGCUAACAGUGAGGGCUCGGACAACAUGUUGAACCGCGUCAUGCCCAAGGACAACAUCGGUUUGGCUGCGCUGCUGAAGACCAAAGAGGCGGCUUGGGAGAAUGGCUUACCAACGGAGUCGUCGAUGCUCGGGCAGCCAAUUCUGGUAUGCACGGCACACAUCCACUGGGACCCCGAGUUCUGCGACGUGAAGCUGAUCCAGACGAUGAUGCUCAGCAACGAGCUGCGCAGCAUCCUGGACGACUCGGCGCGCACGUUGCGGCUGGCGGGCCAGCGCGACAACGUGCAGCUGCUGCUCUGCGGGGACUUCAACUCAUUGCCCGACAGCGGCGUUGUGGAGUUCCUAUCGGCCGGGCGCGUGUCGUCGGAGCACCGCGACUUCAAGGCGCUGGGGUACGCCACGUCGUUGCGCCGCAUGCCGGGCUCCGAGCACGAGUUCACGCACAACUUCAAACUGUCCUCUGCCUACAGCGAGGACAUCAUGCCCUACACCAACUACACAUUUGACUUCAAGGGUAUAAUCGACUACAUAUUCUACUCGAAGCAGUCGAUGACGCCGCUGGGGCUGCUGGGCCCGCUGUCGCAGGACUGGUUCCGCGAACACAAGGUGGUCGGAUGCCCGCAUCCGCACAUACCCUCAGAUCACUUCCCCCUGCUGGUGGAGCUGGAGAUGUGUCCGGCGAGCGGCAACUCCAACGGUCUGAUCGGGCGCAGGUAGCACUCGUCGCCGCGCGCCCGCCGCCGCCGCGCCGGCGCCAGCACCUCCCCUCCCGCCCCCACUCCCUCUCACCCCCCUACACACCCGCGCUAGCACGAGACGACGGCCCCGAGGAUAGUCUGCCACGUUUCAUACUUUUAAGUUUUUAACGGUUGCGAGAUUUUAUCAACGUGAGCUCGGUUCGAUCGCGACUUUUCAAUAUUUGCACGUUUCAAUAUAAAAUCUCCGACUGUGUAUUUUACUUAUAAUUAGGUGUGAGGUGGUGUAAGUGAAUGUUGCGGACGAUCAUGUUCAACGAGACGAUCGUUAUUACCUGAUGAAUUUGGUUAUUUAUUUAUAUAUUGUAGCGCUUCUGUUGAGCGCGAGGGAUCGGCCGAACUUGUGUAUUUUGUAAUCCAAGCGAAUGUGCCGUGUUUCGCUGCUCUCUGAUUUUCCUCCCCGUCGAGUGACGAUUUUAGUGUAAUAGAAACUAGAUUUUGUAGCUGUGCUCGUUUUAUCCGCUUAGAAAUAUAGACGGUGUCGUUUGUACAGGUAAAUGUGGUAGUUGGACGUUCGUGACAUGUUAUUUGGCGGCUCGGAUCAGAGAGGAGCGAACUAUAUGUGCAAUGUAUUCCGCGUGUCGACGUGUGAGGUAGUCAAGUAAGUACUAAGUUGCGCGGGGUGAGGCGCUACAUCGGCUGGGUAUUGACAAUUGAAGUAGAUAGUGCGCACAUCGUCGUACAUUUUGCAGUAGCUAAGUUGUGAAAUAAAACUAUACCAUCGCGGUAACCGAAGACAAUAGUAACUAAGUUGUCAAGAAUUAACAUUUGACUAUCCAGUUACUACAAAACAUGGCGUGUUGGUGUGCUAUCCUUAACAAUUAGUACCUUUUAGCUGUCAAAACCGAGCCUAAGAUAUAUCGCAUCACUACGUACUUCUUAUUAUUCAUUUGGCUAUGACGUGUACCGAGCGUACACUGCAAUCGUAUGCAAUGCAUAUUAUUAUUUAGUACGUGGAGUUUUUCCUUGUAGAAUCAUCUACAAAUCAGAUGUUAAGUAGUGCUAAUUUUGACGAUUAUAUUAAAAACGUAAUCAAUGAAAUAAAUCAGACCUACGCUUAUUGUGUCAAUGAAUAUUUAUGAUGAAAUAAUGUAAAUGGUACAUGAAGAAUAUUUUUUCAAUAGUGAUAAUCUGUGGCGGAUAAGCUUUGGUUUUUCGAUGUUACAUAUUAUACAGUUGAGGAAUGGCUCGAGAAAUAUAUUAAUUUUUAAAUGAAGUUACGAUAAGACUAAUGUGAGGUGUGUAAUUUUAACCAUUUUGACGUUGCCGAGUGGGCGUGUGUCGUCAAACGUCCAUUUACCAUUGUUAGUUAUAAAAUACUUUUAAUUCCUCCACUGUAUAUUAUUUAGAUAAUAUUCGUAUUCUGGUCAUGCAUCGCAGUGUAUGUGUGUAUGAGUUACUAGCGAGUAGAAAGUGAGACGGGAAACGCUCGCGGGACUUCCUUUCUAUUUGUAUAAAAACCUUUGAGACAUCUAUACCAGUCUGAACUAAUCCUUUUUUAGAUUAUAUAUAAAUUAGAUUCUAUACUAAUAAGAUUAUUAGUAUAGAAUCUGAUUUAUGUAAGAAGCUUCUCCUAUAAAGUGCAACUACAAUAUUGCUAACAGCUUAAAUGUAACAGUGUCUCAAAUUAAUAAAAACAAAGUUGUUAGUAAUAGUAUACGACGCACUGUAAGCUAGAUUGGUUUAGAAGCUAUUUAGGUACAACAAUUUAUUGUUGCAUGGAAAGUUAUAUCAAAGAUUCAUUGAUUGUGUAAGAUGUGUAUAAGUCUAACUUCAUCAACUUCAACAUUUAUUCAGCAAAUAGGCCACAAGGGCGCUUUUACACGUCAACAUUGAAUUUACAUACAAGCAAAAAAAUUAUAAUAAUACAUACAUAAGACAAAUGUAAGCUUCGAAUUUGACAGGUGAUGCGGAUGGUGCUGUACGGCUCCAUACAUAUGCGGUAACUUUGGCUGUCAAAAGUUAAUGUUAGACAAUUCAAAUCAGUGACCACAAUAAAUAUGCGCAGUACAGUACAGUGCCAUCCGUUUUCUGCUGUCAAACUAGGGUGCACGAUUAUUUCUUAGACUUGACCGCUCUAUUACAAUUAAUAACUCUUUUUAGUUAUAUUCAUAUUAUACCUCUCGCGUCGAAUGACGGUUGUGUCAAGUUUUCUUGGUUGGGCUUAGUUUAAAAAUAAUUGAAGAAAUGUUUUAUCGUAGUUUUAUUAAUGUGCUAAACUUCCAAAUUUCUACAAACUACUUCCAAAACAUUUACGUGACGGUUACUCCAUAUAAAAACGAACUGUCAUAGGAUUCAUCAUUCGACGCGAGAGGUGUAGAGAAGCAAGAAUAUAAUGUGUGCGUGUGCGCAACGAGGACGCACGGUAUAGCUGUCUCACUGACGGUAGUGGAGGGAUGGAACUGUAGGUUUAGAGCGAAGUGUGCCGGCUGCCGGCUGUAGCAAGCAAUAAGCUACCCAGGCCAGGGCAUUCGUUGACGUGAGUUGGCGGCUCAGAACAAAGCGGCGGGCGAUCAUUACUUUAAUGUCGCAUCGUGUGUACCAACAAACUUCUCAGCGAGACUAUUUUUAAUAUAUUUUUAGCCCAUCUACUCCCUUCCUUGGUAUUCUAUAGACCUCUAUGUAAGAGGAGAAUAGAAUAAUAUGAUAAGUGCAUUUUCUAAAAUGUCCCUCUUGGGGCGUCUUUUGCCUCUCGACACGCCCCCUUAGUUUUAAGUCAAUUAUAUAGUAGCUAUUCUGCAUGUGACCAGAUUUUAUGCCUGCUUCACGAAAUUAAAAGCCCCUACUAACAAUGUAGGUAGGUAUGUACCUACUCUAAAACAAAAAAACCCUCACGAAGACACUUAAGUGUCUUUACCUCAUUAAGAAUUCUUAAUGAGGUUGGCAACUGUUAUUAUACAUGGCGCCGGCAUAGGUUUUCCGUCUCUAGUUUUGUUCUCUGAGAUUUAGCUUAAAGGAUAAAGCUUAAAGCUUAAAAAAACGAGAAUAUGACAUUCAUUCAGCCUUGAUUUUUCAUAAUUAAUUGCAGAUAAUCCUACAAGUUUAAGAUAUCCUCACACCACCAUACUACGGAACUUAUUAUGAUAUCAAAGUAUUUUAACUCGAUUGCUAUUGGAUGAUACAUUAUUCACACACUAGAAUCAUUAUACCUAACUAAAAAGCCCUGUCUACAAUCAAAACAAGGUUCCCUGUCCUUCUUAAGACAACAUGCUAGUUACCAUGUAAAGAUCCUCUGUUUUAUUUAGUCUAUCACAAUUCUAAAUUGUUUUAAAAUUCAAAACUCGUCAGUAUUUUUUUCUCUCAAUUGGUCUUAAUCGAAAUUACAUAAUGUUGCAUUUUCAAGUUAGGUUUUAAUUUUUUAAUCGUCUAUGUUUAAAGCAGGGCGUGUCGCGAGGCAAUGCACCUUUUCGUUUUAUACACCUAGCAGGGAACAUACUGCAGUAGUACAAAUGUUUGUAUGAAUGUUUUAACUUUUUGUGAAGUGAUUGUAUUUGUUGAUAUAGAUUAUAGAAGACCCAACCCCGCAGUUACACAUUCGGGUGAUGAUGCGAAAGGCAAAUGUGAUUGUGUAAACUCGCUAUUCGCCUAGCAACUCGUACAGGUCGAUUCAUAAGAGCCGACACAAAUGAGUGAAUGAAAACAUUUAUGUGUGUAAUAGCCCAUUUACACUCGCGCCUCGUGGCUCGGCUCGCGGCUCGUCUCGUGUCUCGGCCAAAGCUCGUAAGCUCGUCGAGCUUAUCGAUUUUAGACACGAACGGCAACGAAUGAAAGCUGAACGCGAAUGUAAACAACAAGCGCUCGUCUCCCGCGAGCACCUUUGACUCGUGCCCAAAAAACCGCUCCUCCACGCAAGCCGAGCCGCGAGACGAGCCCACCGAUUACAUACGUGUCUCGUGGCACAUAAUAAAUAAUAGUACUACCGUACAGAAAAGAAACUUCCUACAAAACUGAAGUUUGACAGCGGUUCAGGGACGAAUCAUACUGUCCCUUUCUAAUAUAUGGCACUAUCCCUUUCGGCUAUUUAGGGUUGUCAAAAUUCAAGUCUUUAUCUGUGGUCUUGCACGCAAAGGGACGUCAAGUUGUGUCAACCCUAAUUGCUCGGAGCAAUGCUGAGCCGAACGGAGUCGAGAAUACCCGAAAGCAGGAGUUUUGCAUCCCUGCUCGCUUCGCCUCUCGCACGCGAGUGUAAACGGGUAUAACUGUAUACCGACAGGUGUCACUCAUUCAAUGAAAGUUUCGUUCAUUCCAUUCGUGCCAGCUUUAGUGAAUCGAUCUGUACUAGAUUUAUAUUGACCGGGAUAUAGACCGUGCUGACCGUGAUUACCUUUAAGUCUAGUGAAACUAACCGUGAAUCAAAAUAUUUAUCAGUACGGUUUUUACUCACUAUUAUUUUUAGUCGCUUUUGCACUAUUAUUUUUAGGCGCCUGAGGAUGGAUUCCCAAAGAAUCCGAAACAUGUCGCCAAAAGCGACUAAAAAUAAUAGUGAGUAAAAACCGUACUGAUAAAUAUUUUGAAAUAUGUCUCACGAUAGUUUAAGUGUAACCGUGAAUCAUUCAAAACUCGAUCUGUACUAGUGUAACUGAGAGGUUUGUCUUCAAUACGCUUUUUGAUUAGUGUCGAUUUACCUGUGACCUGUUAGUCUUUAUGACAGUCUACAUGUAAUUGUUAAGUCUUACCAAUCAUGAAUUCUUAAAACUUAACAUCUAAGUUAGUUGAACUAUCGAUAACACGCAAAUUAUUUCUUAUUAGGAUCAGCUAUAUGUGAUUACGAAGAGCUGAGCGUGAAGCUAGAGAGGGUGUCAGUCAGUCAGUCAUUCCUCCCGACCUUCCAUAAAAACACGAUAUGGAGGAGACAUACCGGGCAUAUUACGGUCAGCGACACGAUAAGCGCGGCCAUAAUAAGCCUGUGCUUGAGUAAUGAGGAUAAUAGGGAAUGAGGAUAAUAUGAGGGUCUAUCGCGGAACAAGAAAAUCGAAAUUUCGUUAUCGAACAUCUCUGUCACUCUUGCAUAUUCGAGCGAUAAAGAGGCAGAUAGCGAAAUUUCGGAUUCGCGUUUCCCGGUAGGUCCUCUGUAAACAAACCGCCUAGAUGCAUCAAUGUCAAAUUUUAUUAUCUCUGAAAACUUGUCAAAAAACUGUUAAAGGCACAGUAUGUGUAUAAGUUGCUCUAUGGUUAGUAAAGGGGCUAGUGCUGCACUGGUGGCAGACACUAACACUACAGCAAGACCCCCUAUUAGGUUCGGAGUGAGCAAUAGUUGGGGCUCCAGCUCUGGUCUCGCUGACGCUCCCGGCGUACGGAGUGUACGGACUCGUUGUGUGGCGUAUAUCGAUACUCGGAAUGGUGAUAUUAAUUGCCAGUAACAAAUUUUGGACCACUGCAUAGUAAUUACGCUUAUAUUUUUCGCUCCAUCGAAAUUAUGUAAUAUUGUAAUACCUAAUAUUCAUUUUUUAUUUUAUUUUAGUUUUUACUCAUAUUAUGUAUAUCAAAAUAUAGGUGCUGUUGUAUUUAUUUUGUAAUUUAGAACACAAUUGUGAUAGGGAUAACGUCUCUCUUGUAGUCUACGGCAGAUGUAUCUGCACGCUCGAAUAGCGAUAAAAGAUUUACAACUUGCAUUCAAGUGUGAGUGCAUGUGUAUAGAUCUGUUUGACCUCCUCGAACAUGUGGAUAUAUCUAUUGUACCUACAUAACUCGGAUGAAUUGUAAAAAUGCCAAAUCAUGAAAAGGGUAUAUUGACUAUUACUUUUACGAUAAAUGGAGUGAAAUGAAGUUUUAUAUCAAUCAAAUUUUGACUAAUGGCGCUGUAUAAUUUUCUAAGUACCUGCAGGUAUUACAUUUUAAAUCAUAUCAAGGUGAUCUACUAGUUCUCGUAUGAUUAAUAUAGGUUCUUGUAGAAGUUUAAGACAAGUCUGGUGUUGAAAUUCUUUCGCGAAGCUAUGGGGGAGCACAAACUAGUUGAUAACAACUGAAGGGUUUCAACCACACCACUCCAUUUUGCCUUUGCUAUCUAAACGCUAUUUUCAAAUUCAAUCGUCUUCUCCAAACUGGUUUUACGUACCUAGUGAGUGUUUUUGCAUUUAGCAAUAUAUCUACAUGUUCAUUUCUGUCUAGAAAAGCAUAAUAAUAGUAGAUAUAGUCUGAACAAUCAUAAUUAUAAUAGAUGAGCCACAAAUACAUCAAUCAACUAUGAUGCAUUAGUUACAGUAAAUAAUAAUGCUCGCAAGGCUUCACGACUCUACGUUUGAGAUUGAGAGCAUGUGCGAGUAUUGUAGCCUUGCUAGUAACGAUUUCGUACCAAGUUCAGUUGUAGGUUAUGCUUUCGCAUUUUUUUAACCACUUCCAAGCGCUAUAGCGAAAUUAAGAAAAAUGGCCGAACUAUUUUUAUGUUUUACUUAAUAUUCUUAAUAACAUGUGAUUUCGGGUGAAAUUUGGGUCAAGAAGCACUUGUUUACCUAUGUUUAUACCUACUCAACACCGUCAGUGAUAUGUGGCUUUCCAUCGGAAAAGGGUCCUUAUGCUUCAUAUUCAUAAGGGAUGCUCCAUGUGCAUAAGGACCAUUUUCUGAUGAAAAGAGUCCUUAUGCACAUAGAUCAUAAGGACCCGUCUAUGAUGGAAAGCCACAUAUGGAACCCAUCACUCAUAUAUUAUGAGUAUCGGCACAAGUGCAUUCUGAGAGAUUAUUCGUAUGGCAAUUGGCAUGAUGACAGCAACAAAGAAUCAUGGAAAUUAUGGUUUCUAAGAAACAUAUAUGUUUAUAUGAUUUUAAAAAAUGGCCCAAUUUCAGUAUAAACAAAACAGUUUUGACUGAAACACACGUCAUUGGCGUCCAAAAGGUUAAAUAAACGGAUUUAUUAUUAUUUAUUAUCAUUGUGAUAAAUUUUCGUAAUGUAUUUAUCAUCUCUAAUCGUAAUAUAUAGUGCUGACGAAUUAACAUUAUCAUUCAGGUUCAAGGGAAAAUUCGUAACUGUAAGUAUGUACAGUAAUAUAUUCGUGUGUAAAGUACUCAUGUAAACAAUAUCUACAACCCUACCACCAACUAAACCGUGACGUCACAAACGGAUGCGAGGCGUAUUCGCGCGAGGUUUAAACUAGCUAUAAAAAUGCAAUUAUUUAUGUUAAAACUAAUGAGUAUAAAAAAUAAAUAUUAUAGGGACAUUCUUACACAAAUUGACUAAGUCCCACGGUAACCUCAAGAAGGCUUGUGUUGUGGAUACUCAGACAACGAUUCGAACCCAGGACCAUCAGCUUCAUAGGCAGGGUCACUACCCACUAGGCCAGACCGGUCGUCAAAGCUGAAAUAUUGUGUUUUCGGAACCAAUAGAAGUGUACCGACAAUAUUAAAAGGGAUUUCAAAAUUUGUCAUCAGGCCAAUUUUCAGUAAAAGUUUCCCCAUUUAAAUCACACACAUGAAUGCGAGAGUAUUGCUUAUGGAUAACGAGAGCUUUAUCAUAACAAGUGUAUCUUAUUUGUAGUUGAACAUAUAUGAUCUCUUUAUUUUAAUAGAAUUUUGAUGGACAUUUUACUUACUAGUUUUAGCCGUGUGUAGUUGAAAAUAUUAACUAUUGUAAAGAUGGCAAAUGUUCGGUUACAUGCCAGACAUUUUGGUUACAUGUCAGACAUUUUGGUUACAUGCCAGACAUUUUGGGUUACAUGCCAGACAUUUUGGUUACAUGUCAGACAUUUUGGUUACAUGUCAGACAUUUUGGUUACGUGUCAGACAUUUUGGUUACAUGUCAGACAUUUUGGUUACAUGCCAGACAUUGUGGUUACAUGCCAGACAUUUUGCCUAGAUUAAUCAAAAUUGUUCAGUUGAUCACUUAGAUUAGCGCAAAGUUUAUUUUGUCAACGAGGUGACGGAGCUCCCCAGGUGGCUAGAAUAUAAAUGUAUAUACCUAACUGUGUACUGAGCUACUUAUGUGUUUAAAUUAAAACUGUACAUAUUUGUUGUAAAAAUAAAGUCUGUGUUAUUUUUUAUUUGUAAAUAGUCUCUAAACCCGUAUUAUUUAAAGAAAAAAAAAACAAUCAGUCGGCUGGGAAGCUUCCGAUGCGAAUUUGCGCUUGUAUAAUUUGGAAAUUUCGAAUUUACCAAAAGAAGCCUUCAUGUUGUGUGUACAUUUAAUUUGUAAAUAUAUUAUGUUAUUUCAUAACGAUUAAUGCUAAACAACGAGCGAGCCGUCGCGGUUGUCAGCCGUUUGGACUUCUGCGCACACCGCAACGACCGCUAGCCUCCGUCGUCACCCACGACUCGCGAGCUACGCAGUCACCAGAGUUGCAUCUAGGCAGACAUUCCAUAGGCCCUAUCGAUUAGCUCAAGACUAAAGACUGUUUGAGACAUAAAAAUAUCAAGAUAAUAAAAAAAAUAUUUUCUGAAACACCUUAACUACUACUUAUUAACUGUGUUAUGGGUGAUUUAAUGAUAAUAUCGAACAGUGUAACUCACUAGAAUCUAAGAAGAGAUGCUUUACGACACUGUGAUAGACAAUACUGCUCUACCUGAGAGACACUAUAGGCAUUUAUUCCUUGUUCCUUACAAAUUCGUUGACUGCACAGUUUACAAUGCUGACAUUGUACCUCUAUUCUUACCCAAAUAUACAAUUAUAUAAAUUCUACCAGAAUUGUGCAUCAACGAAAAUUGUAGGCGGAGCGACGUUCUGAAGAUAGGUAAAUUGUUCUUAUGAAAUGGCAAUGUUAGUAAUAUAUGUACUCUCAGUAUUAAACAGGUUUUGCUUGAUUUCAUAACCAAUACUAACAGACCCGAAGCUAAUCUCUAACCGUGGUUCAAUUAAGCUACUUAAAAAUUGAGCAAUAUUAAAAUCAAGUAGUACCUGUUCCUGUGGAUGUGUGUAAAAGUGUACAAAGCGUAUGUGCAGAAGUUCCGUCGCGGCUCGGGCCCGAGCGGGGCCGUGUCUCGCUGUGCUGUUUGUUGACACAUUAUGUAUAUUUGAAUGAAUCAAAUUAUAAGAGAAUAUGAAUUUUA